GAACCGACUCACACUUGGGUACGAACCUACUCAAACUUGGAUACGAAUCGACAGCUUUUUGGUAUAAAACCACCGAGUACGAAAAACCAAACGACCGGAUACGCGCAAGUUUCAUAUUAUUAUACAAUACUGGACCUCUUACGAAGUCAUGGUUUCCAACAAUUAUUACCUGGCUGCAACCUUGUUCCUGUCCUUUGGAGUGCUGUCUGCUGGCAUCGAGAUCAAACGAGUGAAAUACUGCGGUCCGCCAGAUAAUACGUUCAAAUUGAAGAUUUUUCCAGGGCCAGUGUUGACACGUGGGAAGUAUUUUAAUAUCAGUGUCACAUUUACCCCUGCUGUCGACAUUUUUUACCCCACGAUAGUCUUAAAAGCCCACUCUAAGAGAGACCAUCAUAUUUAUAACGAUAAAGUUUUUAACCCGUCUAGUCAGGCCGAAUGCCACGUUGCCGGGUUUAAGCUCUGCAAUUUUCCAGCAGGAGUAACCCAAACGUGGAAAUACCAAGGCAUCUACGAUAUCGUUGACCACCCCAAGGGCGAUUUUAUCUUCUCAAUCCGUUGCUACAAUGACGAUGAAGCUUUGUGGUUUUGCCUUGAGGGAGAAGCAGUGUUGUAAAACCAGUUUUCCGCACACAGAGAUGAGUCAAUAAAGUGUUAUAUUAGAGUAAA